AUGAUGGAAAAUAAUAUUGAUGAAAUUAUAAAAUUUUCAAAUGGGAAAAUUGAUUUUUUUAUAUUACAGGAUAAUGCAUGCUUUGAAAAAUAUUCUACGAAUAAUCUUUAUGAUGAAUAUUCCAUAAAAAAUGUUUUUUUAAAAAAAAAAAAAGAAUUUUACAAAAGAAAUAAAAAAAAAAUAGAAAACUUAGAUUAUUAUAUUAAAGAGUAUAAGAAAUUUAAUAAAAGGAAAAAGCUGCAGUUGAAGAAAAAAAAAAAUGUAAAUGCCCAUGAAAAUUUAAAGGAAGAUUUUUAUAAAAAUGGAAGUUUAUUUGAAAAUAAUGAAAAUAGUGAAGAAUUAAAAGACAAUUUUAGUGAAAAUAAAAGUAAUGAGUUUUCUGACGGUUCAUAUAUAUAUAAAAGUGAUGCAAGUGUUUCAUACAGUUAUGAUAAUCUUUUAAACUGGAAAUAUUGUUGUUUUAAUUCAUUUGAUAUUAAUAUAUGUUACAAUUCAUUAAAUAAUAUAUCUGAAGAAAGUAAAGAUAUUUUUAAUAUAGAAGAAUUUAAUAAAGAAAAAAUAAAUACUUUAAAAAAUAUAUAUUCAGAAUAUAAUUCCUUAAAUACAGCAUAUGGUGUAUUUUUUUAUACAAUUAACUACUGUAUAAUUCUUGCUUUAGAAUGUAAUAGAACAGAUUUACUAAGAAACAAAAUGAAGAAUUUUCAAAUUCUUUAUAAAUUUGAAAAUAUUGAAAAACAUAUUCUUUUAAAAAAUUAUUUAAAAGAAAUGAAUAUUUUAAAUAACUCAGAUGUAUAUUUAAUAUGGAAAUAUGCCAAUUUAUUCUCUAGUUACUCAUUUAUUGAUGAAAAUAAUUUUUUUCAAAAAAAUAAAACAAAAAAAUUUUUUGAAGAAAGUUUCUCAAGGUAUCAAAAUUUCGAGAAAAGGAUAAAACCACAAAAAAUAUAUUUUGAAAAUAAUUCUAAUGUAGAAAUUGAAAAUGAAAAUGUAAAAAAUAUAAAGAGUAAUGAGAAAGAUAUAAAAAAAAAAAAUACGAUACAUAAAUAUGAAAGAAUAUCAUUUCCUAAAAGAAAUUUAGAAGUUAUCUAUCUUAACAAUAAACAAAUUUUAAAAAAUAUUUUUUCCUUUUCUCCUCAAUUAUAUUUAGAUAAUUUAGAUUAUAUAUAUAUUGAAGAAGUAGGUGAUAUACGAAAAAGAAAUAAUGGUUUUAUUAAGUAUGAUAAAAAAUUAAAAAAAAUUAAAACUCUUCUAAGUAGUAGUGAGAAUAACUAUACCUUCGUCGAUGAUUCAUAUGAAAAUUACCUUUAUUUCAGAGAAAUUAUUUAUAAUUUGAAAUCUUUAAAUUUACAUUAUAAUAAUAAUAAUAAAAAAUAUAAGAAGAAAUUGUUAGGCGAUUAUAAAUUUAUUUAUAAAAAAAUUAGCUCAGAUUAUAUAAAAAAGGAAAACUACUAUGGAGAAAAGAAAAAUAAAAAAAAUAUAUUUUUAUUUUUUAAUAAAGAAUUAGCUUAUUAUCCCUCUUUAUUUUAUGAUGAAAACUAUUCAUAUCAUUUUAAAGGGUUUUCUUACAUAGGUGAAGAUUAUGGUUAUCAUGAAUAUCAAAAUUACUACAUUGACAAUAUUGAAAAUAAAAUAUAUUGCAUUCUCCCUUUAGCAUAUGACUGUACUUUUAUAUCAAUAAAAAACGAACCAUUAUGUUUAGUGAGAGGAUAUAGAAAUAAAUUUUCUUUUUACUUUCCUUAUGAUUAUAAAAAAAAUGAGGUAACUCAUCUCCAAAUUUUUGAAAAAUCAAAUGAAAAGAAUGAAGAACAUAAUAAAAAAGAAAUUGAUAAAGAAAUGCAUGUUGAUAAUAAGUUAAAUAAUAUAUAUUCUCUUACGUAUAACUACUUUGAUGAUAGUAUUAUAGCAUGUUCAAAAGAUUGUAUUUUUAUUUUUAAUAUAGAAGACCCUAUAUUCAAAAAAAAGAUUAUUCUUCUGGACAAAGAUAAAAAAAAAAUUGGAAAAAUUACUUCUAUUUGUUUGAUUCAUUAUUAUGAACAGCUUAAAGAUAAUAAUAAUGAUAAAGAACAAAUAAAUUUAUCAAAAAAUGAUGAAUUAUGUUAUAAUACGAUAAAUGAAACGAAAAUGGAAAAUAAUAAAAUAUAUAGUAAAAAUAUAGGGAGAAUAAGCAAAGAAAAAUUCUUAUCUAAAGAACAUUUUCAUUGUAAAACUAUGAUAAAAAAGUAUUUAAGUAAAUAUGAGAAAAAAAAAAAAAAUAUUUUUUGCGUUGGAACAAAAAAAGGAAUAAUUUAUGUGUAUAAUGAAAAAGAGGAAAUGCUAGAUGAAAAUAAAAAUAAUUAUAUUAUAAGUAACACAAGUUUUGUAACAUUAAAAAAUUCUUCAGUAAUACAAAUUAAGUAUUGUGAUAAAAAUAUUAUAAUAUCAAGUUCAUUAAAUGAUGUAUACAUAAGAGUAUUUAAUAUAAACGCAAAACAUGAAACCGCAAAAUUUUAUAGAGAAAAUAGAGAUAACCAAAAAUAUUUUUUUGAUAUAUUAAAGGAUUUUCUUUUUACUGGAGAUUUAUAUGGGAAUAUUUUAAUUUAUAACUUAAAAAGUAAAAAUAUUGUUUUCAAAAAAAAUUUAACAUAUUCUCCUAUCAUUUGUGUAAGUAUCAAUAAAUUACUUCCAUUAAUGUUACUAACAACUUCAUACAAUUUUUCUCACAGUAUAUCUAAUUAUAUAUAUAAAAAAAAUAAAAAGAGAAUUAUUUAUGAUGCUUACAAAAAAAAAGGAAUACAAAGAGCAUCUAAAUCAAUCUUUAUCACUUCUAUGAGUUUAUGGUAUAUUUAUGAGUUAUAUAAUUUAUAUUCAUAA